AUGCUUGACGAAAAAGCCCCACCUCACCCAGCUCUCGAUACUGUGGAGACAAGGCGGGAGGGCCAAAUGUGUGAGGUGACACAGCUUAACAAUAAUCGGUUCAACCUGUGGAGCACCAUAGGUAUUCAAUUUUCCGUCACCGCAGCACCUCUUGGAAUCGCUGGCUAUACCACUCUCAUAACCGGCGUUGGGGGUAGCCCUUUCUACUUCUGGGGCUUCCUUGUUGCUGUAAUCGGGCAACUUCUGGUAGCCCUGAGCUUAGCCGAACUGUCGAGUGCCUAUCCGCAUACUUCUGGGCAAAUAUAUUGGACUGCCAUCCUAAGUCCACCGCAGUAUGCGCGCUUUCUCAGCUACUUGAAUGGUGCGAUGACAACAUUUGGAUGGAUCUUCGCUUCAGCUGGAACCGCGGUCUUCGCGGCUGAUUUUAUUGCCAGCUUUGGCCAACUGGUUUCGGACACAUACGAGCCUACUUCGUGGCAGAUCUUUCUUCUCGUCAUCACUGUCUUAAUUGUCGCAUUCAUAUUGAACACGCUGCUCAUCACCUUGUUUAUCUGCAUCGCCCUGCUGGCUACCGUGCAUCCAAAAGCCUCUGCAAAGUCAGCAUUUAUGGAUGUUGUCAAUGAGACUGGCUGGUCAUCAGACGGACUGCAGCCCACAUGGCAGAAGAGCUUCCCCAACCACAGAGGCAGGUGCCAAUUGUGA